GUAUCCAAACCACUGGGAGUGGCCACCGAAGAUGAGGUAUCCAAACCACUGGGAGUGGCCACCGAAGAUGAGCUGGUUGGAGAGUUCCUGCAAGAGCAGAAUGCCCCUUUACUGUCCCGUGCACCCCAGACCUUUAAGAUGGACGACCUGUUGGCCGAGAUGCAAGAGAUUGAACAGUCAAGUUUCCGACAGGCUCCUCAGCGAGCUCCAGGUGUGGCAGCCCUGGCCCUGUCUGAAAACUGGACCCAGGAAUUCUUGGCUGCAGCAGAUGGUGCUGGUGAUGUCUCUUCAGAUUAUAAUGAGGCUGACUGGUCACAGGAGUUCAUUGCUGAAGUGACAGAUCCACUGUCUGUGUCUCCUGCCAAGUGGGCGGAAGAAUACCUAGAGCAGUCAGAGGAGAAACUGUGGCUUGGGGAAUCGGAAGACCAGUCCUUGGCAGAUAAAUGGUAUGAGGAAUAUCAACCUGAGGAUGAUCUUAAGAAAACUGUUAGUGACUUCCUGUCUAAAGUGGAUGAUCCCAAACUCAAGAAUUCUGAGUUCUUAAAGUUUGUCCGCCAGAUCGGAGAUGGGAGGGUAUCGAUCGAAGCUAAUCAGGUGACCCACAGAGACCAAGAUCAGGCAGAGCAAUGGGCAGCUGAGUUUAUACAGCAGCAGGGGGCAUCCGAUGCCUGGGUGGAUCAGUUUGCACGAGCUGGGAACGUGUCAAGUCUUGAUACGGAAUUUGAGCAGGCAAAGACUGCUGUGGAGUCAGAUGUGGACUUCUGGGACAAGCUCCAGGCAGAAUGGGAGGAGAUGGCCAAGAGAGAUGCAGAGGCUCACCCUUGGCUCUCUGAUUAUGAAGACCUCAGCUCCUCGUCAUAUGACAAGGGUUACCAGUUUGAGGAAGAUAAUCCCAUGAGAGAUCACCCGGAUGCAUUUGAAGAGGGGCGGAAGCGCUUGGAGGAAGGCGACCUUCCCAAUGCUGUCUUGCUCUUUGAGGCUGCCGUGCAACAGAAGCCAGAUCAUAUGGAG